CGCGAGACUUAGGCCUCUUCCUAGACCGGCGCUGUUACAGAGGAGAAGGCCAUGUUCAGUUCGAGCGCGAAGAUCGUGAAGCCCAAUGGCGAGAAGCCGGACGAGUUCGAGUCUGGCAUCUCCCAGGUGAGGGGAGGGCAGGGCCGGAGCCCCGGCGCGCGUUCCCCUCCCCAACAAGUGUCCGUCAUCCUCCGGCAGCAAGUGCCGCCCGCGCCCCGGCACCAGCACCCCCCCCCCCCCCCACGGCGCGUGUCACCCCGGGUGGAGGUGGGGACGCGUCCUGGAGGAGGCCCCGAGUGUCUGCACGUGGGCGGUGCGGGCGCCCCGCUGAGGGUCGGCUCCGGCUGCUUCUCUCUCCAGGCCCUCCUGGAGCUGGAGAUGAACUCCGACCUCAAAGCCCAGCUGAGGGAGCUGAACAUCACGGCGGCCAAGGAGAUCGAAGUUGGCGGUGGUCGGAAAGCUAUCAUCAUCUUUGUUCCCGUUCCUCAACUGAAGUCUUUCCAGAAAAUCCAAGUCCGGCUCGUGCGUGAGCUGGAGAAAAAGUUCAGCGGGAAGCACGUGGUCUUUAUUGCUCAGAGGAGAAUUCUGCCUAAGCCAACUCGAAAAAGCCGUACAAAAAACAAGCAAAAGCGUCCCAGAAGCCGCACUUUGACCGCCGUGCACGACGCGAUCCUGGAGGACUUGGUUUUCCCGAGCGAGAUCGUGGGCAAGAGAAUCCGUGUGAAACUGGACGGCAGCCGGCUCAUAAAGGUUCAUUUGGAUAAAGCACAGCAGAACAACGUGGAACACAAGGUGGAAACCUUCUCGGGCGUGUAUAAGAAGCUCACGGGCAAGGAUGUUAACUUUGAGUUCCCAGAGUUUCAGUUGUAGACAAAAUGAUUCAAUAAAACAUUCACAGUA